CACAUUCCUGAUUGACGUUCCCUUUCACAAUAUGUGGCCCUCUUGUUCCUCCCGUCUUAACCCAGCUUCGCCACAGGAGACACCUAAACCACAGCCGCAAGAGACACCUAAACCAUAUUUUGUUGAAAACCGACAUAUAUUUGUUAGCCCUUGUACUUUCCCGGGCUCCCCUGAAGGCAUCCCUAAUCACGCCAAUAGAAACAGUUCCUCUCUGCUUUCAGAGCAGUGUUUACGCCUCUUAAAGAGCGCGUUUGUUAAAGUUUCUUUAGAAUGAUUGCUUGAAUGAGACUGUAUUUUCCCACCGUAUUAUGUUCCUUGAGGGCAGAAGUAGGAUCCUGCUCAUUUGGGAUCUCCCCUCGUUUUCCUUUUAAGUUUGCAGUGUACACAAUUGUUGCCGGGUGAUUGUAAAGUGCUGACCAACUGCCACUGAACAUAGUUGAAACAGAAAAUACGAAGAUGGCAGCAAACUCUUCAGGACAAGGUUUUCAGAACAAAAAUAGAGUUGCAAUCCUGGCAGAACUGGACAAAGAGAAAAGAAAAUUACUAAUGCAGAACCAAUCUUCAACAAAUCACCCUGGAGCUAGCAUUGCACUUUCGAGACCUUCUCUUAAUAAGGACUUCCGGGAUCAUGCUGAGCAGCAGCAUAUCGCAGCCCAACAGAAGGCAGCUUUGCAGCAUGCACAUGCACAUUCAUCUGGAUACUUCAUAACUCAAGACUCUGCAUUUGGGAAUCUUAUUCUUCCUGUUUUACCUCGCCUUGACCCAGAAUGAAGAAAAUAUUUCUAAUGAAAUUGACUUUGUAAUAUCAAAUGCCAAAGCUACUAUCAUUUAGUGCUAUAUAAGCUGUGACUUUCAGAAUUUUGGUGAACUUUCAUGUAUUUUGCUUCUUCAUAAGAAAGGUAUGUGUAAGUGAAAGCAAAAAACAAAAAACAAAAAACGGGGAGGUCACCAGGAUGAUGAGAGCUUUGGAAGCUAUAUUAUCUGAGGAACUGAUUAUGCUACCUGUGACUGUAACUUAUUUGUAAUGCAGUUUGAUUUUAACGCGAAAUCACGCUCUGAAUUGGAUGGUCACAUAAACUCACUUCCCAGCCCCCAACUAGUUGGACUGAGUACAUCAUAUCCACGAUAGACUUUUAAGAACCAUUUAUAGUACUUACCUUUAAAGAACAAGGGUGCUUUUAAAAAUGUGAACCAAAAGGCUUAAAUAAGUUACAUUCAUAUUGCUGUUUAUAGAAUUGAUAUCAGUGUACCUUUUGAGUUUAUAGUCAAAAUAUCAUCCUGAAAUAUUCUUUAAAUCCUAGUUUCCCUAUUCUCAAUUUUAAAAGAAAGCCCAAGAGAAGACUAAGUUAACCAAUCAGUCUUAAACAUUGUUUAUAAACCUAUGCCACUAUAAAUUAUGUGACUAAAUGCUAUUAAAAACAAUUAUAAGAAAUGUGGUUUUAAAUUUUGUACAUGUUCUUAUUCAGUGUUCUAGCAUAAAUGGUGUGCCUGCGUGAUUUUAUUGUCCAUUUCUGUUUUAAUUAAAACUAUGCAAGUUAAGCCCCUUUUUAAUGACUAAGGAGGAAGGAGUUAGGUUAAGCAGUGUGUCAACAUGAUACAUUUUUAACAGAAUCCAGGGUGCUUAUUUAAAUACACAGUCCCCACUACCUUGCCCUAGUCAUACAGAAUUAGAAUCUCUAAUUCAGAAUAAAGUCUGACAACCAUGGGUUGGAGAAUUCAAUUUUCAUGAUAUAUGUUUAUAAAUUUAUAGAUUUGUAGGCCCCUGAAACUUAAAGGUCAUUUAACUAAAAUCUACAUCAUUUUACUUUUAAUAGGAUUAAAAUUAUAUUUUAUAUUAUAUCACAGAUAACAGUAUUUUAUAUAACACUUGUAACUGACCUCAUUUUGGCCUUGAGUCCCCAUCUUCUCUAAUGGUAGAAUGAAAUUUAAACUUAAAAUUCCAGUUUGGGUUCAUAUUUAAUCAAAUUCAUCUCCUUUUUCAAAAAAUGUCUUUUUCCUCCCUCCCUAGAUAUUUGCACCAACCCAUCUUACCCAAACUAAUUCAGUCAGGAGUAGACAAUUCUAGACUUUGCUGUGCCAUUUAGAGCUUUCUCUUGAGCAUUUGAACUGGUGUUCUUCAUCUGCAUAAGUUGCUCAAGACGCCCGCCCUCCUGCUGCUAAGGACCUCCCCCGGCCUCUGGCUCCUGUCCGCCUCAGGUCUAGCCAGCUAUUCCUCGGACCUCCUGAUAGUGGCCCUCAUUUUUUUGAAUGAAUUUGACUAAGUUUCUGUUCUUUGUACUCCAUGACCUAAAUCCAUGGUUCUAAAUCUAUCUACUUGAUGUUAGGGAGAUAGAAAAUGUGGAUUGUAGUUUUUAUACUAUUAAAACCUCUGCUAUAUAUGUGGCUUUUAUAACCUAAAUUAAAGAGAUCUUUUUUCCAGUGGUAUCUUUUCUAGUCUCUUAGCCUUUUAAAUAGACGAUGUUGCCUAAAUCCUGCUGUUCUGGCUAGUAAGAACUUCCUCCCAUCCUUCUCCUUUGAGUUACUUACAAAUUCAAUUCCAUAUGUAUUUAUUAAUACCUACUGUGUAAAACACUGUGCUUUGGGGAGAAAGGUGAGUGAUAACCUGCUCUUAAGGAGAUCACAGUGAAGAGGAGCCAGGUACAGCAGUAAUGAUGAAGGGAGCCCAAUGCAGUGAGUGGCACAGGAAAGGCAUCCCGGAGCAUGUAACAGCCUACAAAGGCCUAAAAGUAUUGACAUGAUUUUUACCUGGCAAAGGAGAGGAAGAGCCGCUCCAGGCAGAGGCCAAGAUUUCAUAAUCAAAGACUCUUUAGAACGUGAGUCCAAAGACUUGCGAGCACUACAGAGGAUAAUGGAAAACACAGAAGACUCACUCAAGCCCUGAGGUGAAGGCUCAGUAUUGCUUCCCUCAGCUUGUGGAUGAAUUUGGCUAACUCGCUUAAACUCUCUUUACAUGUCACUCCGUCCCAUCUGUAACAUAGGAACAGAACACACUGCCUACUUCCUAAAUUGUCUAAACCAGUAUUUUUCAAAAUGCAAGUCUUAAGCCGUUACUGAAUUGAGAAGCCAACAUAAUGGCUUAAUGAAGUGUGACUAGCAUUUUUUUAAAAAACAAUACAAAAACAUCAGGGCGGCAUAGCGUGUAGUAAUAGGUUUUAUUUCAUGAAUCAUCUGUUUCUGUGUGUUCGUGUGUGUGUGUUUUACUUAAUUUGUUUAUUGUAUGUUCCACCAGUGUGUGAAGUCUCUGAAGACGAGGAUGUUUGUUUCCCUCCUUCCCUCCCCCUUUGUUUACUACUGUACUCUGCUUAGAAUAGUACUUGGCAUAUAGUAGAUGGUCAGUACUUACUUAUUGAAGGAAUGAAUGAAUAAAUAUAUAUGACCUGA